UGUGAACUAAAGAGGAAGGAGGGACACUGACCAGCAGGCCCCGAUGGAGAGCCGGCCUCCGCGGUGGCGGGCCCCGCCGCCGGGCCCUCUCACGGCACCCUGGCUCCUGGGCUGGCUCCUGUCCCCCUGGACCCUGCAGCUCGCAGGAGGGCAGUUGGUGAUCCACACUGGCCCCCCCAUAAUGGUCUCUCUGGCCAACGAGCCCGUUAUCUUCAGCUGCAAUAUCACCUACCCAUACACCCCAGAAUUCAAAACCUUCACAGUCGGCUUCUUUUACGUGGACCUCCAGGGCCAGGUGAGCUCUGAGAAGAAGACUCACUGCCAACCUAGCAUGGGCGUAGAGAACCAGACCAGCACCACUAAGUGCCAGGUCACCCCCACGCUGCCCAGCUCAUCAGCCACUGGCACCUACUACUGCUCUGUCCACUGGCCAGGCUCCGUAGGCAGAGGCAACGGCACCUUCAUCCUGGUCAGAGACACAGGCUACCAAGAGCCCCCACGGCCCCCCAAGAAUCUCCUGUUCUUUUGCUUCAUCGGCCUCCUGAGUGUCCUCAGCAUCCUGGGCACGGCUCUGGUGCUCUGGAAGAAGAAACAGAAGCAGGCUCCGCAGAAGCAACUAGCCCGGAAGAGCCCUGCCGCGAGCGCGCCUCCGGCCGAAUCCCUCUACACGGCCCUGCAGCGCCGAGAGACUGAGGUCUACGCCUGCAUGCAGACCGAGGCCAGCAGCCCGCCCCCCAGCCAGAACCUUCUCUCCCAGGAGAAACCGCAUGCGUUUGAGAAUGUCAGUGACUUUAACGAGGUCUAUGAAAAUCUAUAAGACGGGGCUCCACCUGCCCACAGGUCUUGCCCUGGAUCAGGGGCCGGGCAGCCCCUCCCUCCAAAGACUUGAUCUGUACCAGGAGUGAGGCCCCAGGGGCACUCCAUCACCUCACCCCCACAUUCAAGGCCCUUCCUGCUUUGGCCUGCCCCCACCCCCAUUCUGUGCCCCAGUCAUACCCACUGAGUGUUUCCCAUCUCCCGGCGCUCUGCCAGGCGGGCCCUUUCUCAGUCUUUAAGGCUCUCUUGGACACCACCCAUUUCCAGAGUCCUCCUCAUCCCCUCAGACACACAGGCUCACAUGGCAUCUGCCUGCAAGGCCGACCUGGAGCUCCUCGGGAGGGGCCCUCGCAGGUGCUGAGUGUGCAAGCAAGCAUCGUGAAGUGGAUGAAUAAAGGAGCAACUAUGCAAAUGA